CACCACUUCCGGGUCAUUUCACUCAGUUAGCUAGCUUAAGUGAAAGGGAGCGGAAUGGCUCCCACGGCACCUUUCGAGUGGCAGACGGAUCAAAUAGUUAAGUGUCUUCUUGGGGACGAGGACGAGGUGUGCGCUCAACGUUCUGGCUCUUAUUUGGAGGUUGACAGCCCGACAUCAGCCAGCGACGAGGACACUUUUGACCCAGUUAUAAUAGCUGAUAAACUGAGGACUGUGGCUGAUUCUCUCAAUGCUGACGCUCAAUUCAAAGCUGCUCUGGGUGACCUGAAGCAAGCAGUAGCACAAGAGGCCUUAGAAACAGCGUUUAGCAAUGGUGUGGAGGCCAUCUGCCAGACUCCGGUCUCUCAGAAGGCGGAAGUGCUUCCAGAGAUGCAGCUGAUUAGAGCUUCAGUGGCCCUCAGCCUUUAUGUCAAGAAGUUCUCGCCAGAGCUGAAAAAUAAAAUCCAGAGUGUCAUGAGUGAAUUCCUAAGCAGGCGUGUGGGCCCGUGGGUGACGCAGCAGGGUGGAUGGGACAAAGUGGUUUAAGGACUGAAUCGUGCCAAACCAGACUCUCUGCUGUGAAGUAUGCCCUCCUCAAAACAAGGUUUCACCAGGGGGAUCCUGUUGAUUUUCUGAGUAUUUGAGUCUGAGUGUUUAAAACACAAAUGACUGCAUUUCUGCAUGUUCAGGGAUCAGUUAUAAUGCAGGCAGACAUCAGAUCACAUGCUAAACUUUAUCAUUUGGCUACAAUCUAGCUAUCUCGUUUUUACUGAUUACGGUGCAUGUUAAGUUAAUGAAAUCAUGCCACAUGUCUUGAACAGUGAAAAACAAUUACUCUUAACAGUAUCAUAAAUAUAUUUUUUCACUAGAAAACACUUGAAUCUGUGGUAUUUUUGCACGCGUAUGAGAAAAUGCCUUCAUUCUCUCCAGAGUUUUCUGAGUGAUCAAUGGCCACGGUUUCAGUUUUGCGCAUUUUCAUUAAUGGGUUAAUCUAUGGGGCUCAUGUGCUAAUUAAUCACAGUCUACCUGAUAAGGACACGUAUCUUUUUGGGGCUCAAUCAAACUGUAAUUGCCUUUAUUUUCCCACAUUUGUGAAAAAAAUAAAUACGGGUACUCUACUAUGUCUUAAGCUAUAAAAACUUGUUGGGGAGGUUUCAGUCCGCUGUCUUUAAUCAAAUUCUGUUUCAUUCAGCAUAAUCAUCUGACAACAAUGCAUGCAAUUUUUACAUUGGAUGAAAUAUUUUUAAAGGAAACAUUCUAACGUAGAGGCCACUAUUGUUUCAUUUUGAAACUUUGGUGUCUUGCAUCAAGUCAACCAAAUUCUGGGAGAGGAAUGUCUCCUCUGCCUAUCUCCCUGAGGUUUCUUCCCUUUUUUGCACUGUUCUGCACUGUUUUUUCUACUGAUUGUAAACCAAUUGGAAUUUCUGGUUUUUGGCUAUACAAAAUAAAUUAAUGAAUAAAAUGUUUUUUGUCCGCUUUC